CACCCGCGGACGUUCUACGACGAAUGCUCGCGAGAGGGCGCCGUGGCACCCCGCCCCGAGGGUUCCGGGGGCUUGGUGCUCGACGUCACGUCGAGGGCUGGGGACGCCUUGGAGACGUGGGCGAACCGGGGCCAGCCCCACACCUAGGGCUCAGGAAUGCUCCGUGACACCGCGGGCCGAGGGUCGGGCAGCGGGAGACUCCACACCCGUUACUCUGGGGUGCCCCAGUGAGGGGGGUGGGAGGACUCGGAGACAUCUCCAGCGAGGGCCAGGAGAGCAGGGGGACGCGUUCCCUAGUGGGGCUGACUUGUGUUGUGUGCGCUCGAGGGUGUGCGAGCCAGGAGCGUCUCUGCAAAGUGAGGAUCCAAGGGGCGAGGGACACGGGGAGUCCUAGGACACGGGACGUGAUCGGGGCGCGGGGACACGUUCCUAAGUCGGUUGGAACUCCUCCACGUCAGUUCCCCAGUCCUUGGCUCACGCCCCCGCCGGGGCUGAGGCACCCCAGUGACCGCACCCCGAGCGCUGACAGCUCUGGGAGGGGAGUGCUCGCGCCGCCUUCGCUCGGCUUGCGCCACCGGCUCCGGAACCAAAAAACGUGCGGGAAACACAGUAUAGGGACGAGGAGCGGAGACGGACCUGCGCCGGAAGUGAGGUGCUUAACGCCCGCAGCCGCUGCUAUGGCGCACAUCACCAUUAACCAGUACCUACAGCAGGUAUAUGAAGCCAUUGACACCAGAGACGGUGCGUCCUGUGCAGAGCUGGUGUCUUUCAAGCACCCUCAUGUUGCGAACCCACGGCUCCAGAUGGCCUCUCCAGAAGAGAAAUGCCAGCAAGUUCUGGAGCCCCCCUAUGAUGAAAUGUUUGCAGCUCAUUUAAGAUGUACCUAUGCCGUGGGGAAUCAUGACUUCAUAGAGGCAUACAAGUGCCAGACGGUGAUAGUCCAAUCAUUCCUGCGGGCGUUCCAGGCUCAUAAAGAAGAAAACUGGGCUCUGCCUGUCAUGUAUGCAGUAGCACUUGACCUCCGGAUAUUUGCCAACAAUGCAGAUCAGCAGUUGGUAAAGAAGGGGAAGAGUAAAGUAGGAGACAUGCUGGAAAAAGCCGCCGAGCUCCUGAUGAGCUGCUUCCGAGUCUGUGCCAGUGACACUCGUGCUGGCAUAGAGGACUCUAAGAAGUGGGGGAUGCUGUUCCUGGUGAACCAGCUAUUUAAAAUCUACUUUAAGAUCAACAAACUCCAUCUGUGUAAGCCUCUCAUCAGAGCGAUUGACAGCUCAAAUUUGAAAGAUGACUACAGCACUGCCCAGAGGGUCACGUACAAAUACUAUGUUGGGCGUAAGGCCAUGUUUGACAGUGACUUCAAGCAAGCUGAGGAGUACCUGUCGUUUGCCUUUGAGCACUGCCACCGCUCCAGCCAGAAGAACAAGAGGAUGAUUCUGAUCUACCUGCUGCCGGUGAAGAUGCUGCUGGGUCAUAUGCCUACUAUUGAGCUCCUGAGGAAAUAUCAUCUCAUGCAGUUUUCAGAAGUAACCAAGGCCGUCAGUGAGGGCAAUCUGCUGCUGCUCAAUGAGGCACUGGCAAAGCACGAGACUUUCUUCAUCCGCUGUGGCAUCUUCCUCAUCCUGGAGAAGCUGAAGAUCAUCACUUACAGGAACCUCUUCAAGAAAGUGUAUUUGUUACUCAAAACUCAUCAGCUAUCUCUAGACGCCUUUCUGGUGGCCUUGAAAUUCAUGCAUGUGGAAGACGUGGACAUUGAUGAAGUCCAGUGCAUUCUGGCCAACUUAAUAUACAUGGGUCACAUUAAAGGCUACAUCUCCCAUCAGCAUCAGAAACUGGUUGUCAGCAAGCAAAACCCUUUCCCUCCACUGUCCACGGUGUGCUGAUGACCAGACCCUGCAGACGGAGUGUGUCUACCCCCCUGCAGCUGUCCUCUGUAGCCCAGAUCUUCGUGCUUCUCCAGGGUCUUGGAGACGGUUGCUAGCACGCAUGUCUAGCCAUGUUCUCUAUGGUCCUAACUCAUGCCAAGACCUGGAAUCCUUUUUCUGGAUGGACAGACAGACAACGUGCUCUUGGCUGCUGCUCAUGAACUCCUGGGAAGCAGACCACUGUGCUUCAGUUAAUGAGUUGUUUAUGGAGGCUAUCUUUGUAAUAUUUUGUAGCUUUUUUUUAAGGUAAUCAAAAUUUGUACAAAACACAUUCUUUAUUGUAUGUUACAUGAUGCGUCUAUUUUCAUAUGCAAAAUCUGAGCUUUUUGUGAGCUCAAAAUGCUUGGUUAACUUGACUCCUUUUUCUAAAGUGGAUUUUGGGGCUGGAGGGAUGGUUCAUUGAUUAGAACAAUUACCCCCCCCCUCCUCAUCAGAGGAUGUGGGUUUGGUUCCCAGCACCCACAAGGCCGCUCACAGCCAUCUCCAACUCCAGUUCUAGGGCACUUAGUGCCCUCUGUGGACUCCGUGGGCUCCUGUAUGUAGGUGCACGUAAACUCACUCAGGCGUACAGACACACAAAAGUAAAUAAACCUUUUUUUUUUAUUUAAAGCA